AAUCCUUUAAUGGAUGAGAACUUGACUGCAAAGUAAAAACGAGAACAAGAUUAACGAACAAUAUAUAUAUCUAAUUUAAAUAUUUCAGCAUAAAAAUAAGAAAUAAUAGACUAAUUUAAAUAAAUAGGAAAAAUAGAAAAUAUUUGGAUUUAGGAAAAAAAGAAUUAUAAAAAACUAAAUGUGCAUAUAUAAUAUUUUCUUAAAAAGAAGAAGCUGAAACAUCAUUAUAAUAUGAUGGAAUUAUUUUUUAGAAUUAUGUUUUAAGGGUAGAUAGAGCUUUAGAACAAAUAGUAAAAUGAUUAUUCAAGAACUGCUCUAAUUUAAAAAUUUAAUGAAGAGGCAAAAGAAGAAGAUUUUAGAGAGUUUUUUGAAGAUUGUGGGAUUAUUUUAUAAAUAAAAAUUUUAAAAAAUACUAAUAACUUUGUAGGAGAUGGAAUGGCUUAUUUAUUUUUCAAAGAAAAAAAAGGAUUGGAAAAUGCACUUUUAAAAAAUGGAAAAAAUUUUUUGGGAAAAAAAAUUAGAAUUUAAAGGGCUGAGGAAGAAUUUUAGACUUAAAAAUAAGGAGAAAUUAAUAAUAAAGGAGAUGAUAAAAUUAUAAAAAAAAAAAAGAAAAGAAAUCAUGAUAUAAUUCCUCUUAAAAAGUUUAAUAGUUUAGCUAAAAUAAAUUUUAACUAAAAUGAAAACGAUAUUUUCGAAUUCAAAAAUGAACUUGCUAUUGCGCCAAGAAUUAUUAGAAAAAAAAUAAAAAAACUUAAAAGAAAAGGUUUUUCUGAAAAUUAAUAAUUCGUGAAAAUUCAAAAAUUAAAGAAAAGUAAAAAAGAAAGUAAUGAUAGAAACAUUUUCAAUAACAAAUUUAGUUUGUAAGCUAGAAAAGAAAAAAGAGAAAAAAGGUCUAUAUUAAAUAAAAAAAAG